AGAUGUGAAUUUAUUACAAGAGAUGAGAGUAAAUAGAUAUAAUAAACUUACUAAUAUUAAUAAUCGGGAUCAAGAGGUUAAUAGGAUUAAGAAUGAUAUGGAAAAAAAUAUUCUUGAAUUGGAUAAGGAAUUGUUGGAUCGAGAUAUUGAAGGAUCAGAUAUUAUAA